CGAGUGCCGCUGCAGUGUUGUUGCCGCCGCUGGCUGCCUCUAGUUUUGAGUCAAACAACAUCCAUCCAUCCGUCCAUCCACAUUCAUUGUAAGCAUUCGCUGAGCGGCUUUCGCUGUGGAAUGAGCUGCCUAGCGCCCGCCGUUCGAACGUACUUCUGCCGUAUCUGCGAGAUACAAACCAAUUGAAGCGCUUAAAUGCAGCUGUCGUCGUUGCGUUGCGUUGCGCGCGUGUUUCCGAAUGGAAACUGUGGAAUUAUAACAAUUAUUUAUCGUGUGUGCAAAAGUGUGAAAGUGAAAUAGCCGCCGCCGCCUAAAGAGCGACAACGCAAUUAAAUGAAAAUCGUUCAGAUACAGUAUCUGUGCAUGUUUGUAUCUCGGCAUCUCAACAAGUGAGGCAAAAACAAAAGGCAGUGAAGUGGAAUGCGUCCUUGAGCUGGCCAUCUAAACACCUGUUUCGGUCCCUAACAUAAAUAGAACGAGCCUUAAAUAAGAUUUUAAUUUAAAAAUAUAAAAAACAUCUAAAAAAGAAUCCCGAAAGAUAUAGCUAGAGAGGGAGAAGGAGAGAGCACUCUCUCGAGAUGAAUAAUUUCACAACCACAACUGCAGCCGCUCCUCCGCCAGCCACAAAGGAAUCGCUGCCCCGAUCAGGACAUGUUAAUGAGGUGUGCAAGGAGUGGCUCGUGCGUGAGGAUGGCGCCUUGGCUUACAAGCUGCAGUCCCAGGAGAUUAACGACUUUUACAAGGGAAAUCGCUACAGAAAUGCAGUGGUUCGGGAGGAUUUCCCCACCGCCUUGCACGAGCAGAUCAAGGAGAAGGAGCAGGCCCAGAGGCGUGUGGAUGCCUACAGGAGACGCCUAACAGAGCAGGAGGAACAUGACAAGCGAGUGGCCAAAGAAAUCGCUGACAAGCUGGAGCGCGAUCUGCAGGAGCAGCAGCAGAAGGAGCUGCAGCAGAGCGAGCUGAUAGCCAAGCAAAUGCAGGAAAUCUAUGUAAAUUUGCCACCUGUACCGCCGCCAGCCACACGCGACAAGAGCCGUCCUCCGCCCCGCCCUGCCAAAGCAAGUAUUCACCAGCAGCAGCAGCCGCAGCAGCAGCAUCCAGAGCCUAGCACCUCGCAGCAGGCCAGAUACAACCACCACCACAGUCACAGUCAACACUUCUCACAAACAGACAACUAUGUAGGAUUAUCGCUAAUACCAAAUAUCGUAGACCUGCCAGCGACAGCAGCAACACCGACCACAAGCACCAGCACUCCCAGUCCCAGUAGAAAUGCACAGGCCCACCAUUCCCUGUUGGCACAGCAGCAGCCGCUACAUCCAUCAUCAUCGCCGGCACGUCGACCUGCUGGAACACACUCCACAACUCCAUCAUCAGCUAGCACACCUAACACCACCCCACAGCACAGCCACACACAGCAGAAACAACACAGCUCGGCGGCUGGCAUCGACGAGGUGGUGGACUAUGCCGAUGUUGCUGACAGCAUACGCGACUACAACAUUGCCGUUGUCCCGCCGGCAGCAGCAACAUCGGCCAGCGUUGUCGAUGCAGCUGCCAAGACAGCCGCGUCGUCACUCCAGAAACAGCGCUCCCCCUCCCAUGAAAACCUCCUAAGAACCGAACCGAAAUUUCAGAAACUUUCGCCGGAGAAGUACGACCAGCUGGUGGGGAAUUUCGGAUUGGUUUCGGGACCGGGACCGGGAUCGGGAUCAGCCAAGGAGGUGGAGCGGCACAUGCAGGAGCACGCCGACGAUAUUGAGCUCUACGUGGAUCCCUGCGACUAUGCCAGCCUGAGGGAGAUCGGACUGCCGCUGGAGGAGAUCCAGGAGAUGAGCAAGAAGCUCAAGCAGGAGCAGAAAGAUGCGUUGCUGGCUCGGAGACUGCAGGCUAUCGAGUCCAAGGACUGUGUGCGCCAAGAGCACAGGGAUCGCAUGCUGGCCAUAGAGGCCCAGGACAAGGAACUGGCAAAAAUGCUACAGGACAGGGUUAGCAACCACAAACUAGCCCACAAAGAAGGAAUUGUUAACAGCAAAUCGAUAUAUUUUCAGGAGAAAGCCAAGGCCAAGAGGGCCAAGGAGAAAGCUCGUCUGCGAAAAUCGCAGCAGAAGGAGGCCGCCGCCGCCGCCAAUGGCAGCCUGCUCUGUGGGACCAACUCCCACUGUGGUCCACUGAUGGCCCUGCCCCAGGACUGCCUCUCCAAUCACACGCAGGCCGCAGACAUUGACGUGGAGGCCUACUCGAAUCCCAUCGAUGUGCUCAACAACAGUCGCGAACAGAGGCCGCACAACGGACCUCUGACGAAUGGAAGCCUUACCCGGGAUGGGGGAUCCAAUCACAGCUCCAUGCAGAGACAGCAGCAGCAGCAGAGGAGCCUGAACAUGGCCCCCGGGCGGGGGGAGGAUGACAUCUACACACUGCCAGUGGACAGUUGCAGGCCGGGACAGAGGCCCGUGUCGUUGCAUAUGGCCGCGGAGGCGGUGCAGCAGCUGCAAGCCCACAAUUCCAUGACGAGAUCGGAGCACUAUGGCUCCGAGGCCGGCUCCCAUGACAGCUCUCAUCACAGUGGGCAGGACAUAUCGCCGCACAUGAAGUACUCCAAGUCCGGCGGCAAUUUUGAUCAAAGUGCCAGCCCCACGCCGCCUUACAUGCCAAUUCAGGGUACGCGACGAUCAAAUUCAAGUGAAGAUCGUAAGAAGAAGUCCAAGGACAACAAGUGCACGCAUCAGUGAGGGAUCAGCAUAGUCCAUCGCCCCUUUCGAUCUAUGAAUUGUAUAUGCAUAUAUAUUUUGUACCAUCUCCCUUUUGACAAUGAAAUUGUUCGUACUUUCAUCGAUUUAUUCACAAAACAUGGUAUCUCUAGAACAUAGUUGUAGUUUAUAGCUUAAAUUCAUCCAAAAUCGUGUCUAGUUUAUUGUGAUUUGCAAUAAAGAUUUUCAAGUAAGAAAAA